AUGGUCCAACAAGCGAUGGGCUGCGAGAAGCCCGAUCGCCCGCCGGUCGGUGUCGAGACGGACCCGGAGCAGCAGCCCGUUGCGGACGGGCAUCUGGACAACUCGACCGUCAAGAAUAUCACUUGGAGCGGGGUCACGGUCACGGUCAAGGACAGGGAGACGAGGAAGCCAAAGAGGAUUGUGGACGACGCGGCGGGUGCUGUCCUGGCUGGCGAAAUCUGCGCCCUCAUGGGCCCCUCGGGCUGCGGCAAGACGACGCUGCUCAACGUCCUCGCGCGCCGGCCCACCAACGCAAGCGACGUGCAGGCCAAGGUGCUCAUCAACGGCAACCAGGUGUCGCAGUCGGCCUUUCGCCAACUGACCUGCUUCGUGGAACAAGAAGACGCGCUGAUCGGCUCCCUGACGGUCCGGGAGACGCUCGAGUUUUCCUCCCGUCUCGCCAGCACGAGCUCGCUCUCGCGGAAAGAACGCCUCCUCCGCAUCGACUCCCUCCUGGCCUCCUUCGGGCUCACAUCGCAGGCGUCGACGCUCAUCGGCACGCCCAUCCGCAAGGGCAUAUCGGGCGGGCAGAAGCGGCGCGUCGGCGUGGCCAGCCAGCUCAUGACGAGCCCGCGCGUCCUGUUCCUCGACGAGCCCACGUCGGGCCUCGACUCGGCCGCCUCGCGCGAAGUCGUCAGCUACCUGCGCGCCGUGGCCCGGCGCCACGCCCUCAUCGUCGUCUGCUCCAUCCACCAGCCGUCGACGGCCACCUUCAACCUCUUUGACCGGCUGGUGCUCCUGGCGGCCGGCAAGACGCACUUCUGCGGGCCCGUCGCCGCCGCCGUGCCGCAAUUCCACGCCCUCGGCGCCGCCGUCCCCAGCUACACCAACCCGGCCGAGUUCCUCCUCGACCUCGUCAACCUCGACUUCUCGCGCGACGCCGCCGCCGCCGCCUCGGCCCGCCUCGACGCCCUCCACGCGCAGUGGCUCGCGUCGCCGCAGGCCCGCGAGACGGGCGCCCUCAUCCCCGACCUCUCCGCGGCCGCGCACCCGCUCGACCUCUCCGACACGCGCAACCCCUACACCAACCCGGCCGAGUUCCUCCUCGACCUCGUCAACCUCGACUUCUCGCGCGACGCCGCCGCCGCCGCCUCGGCCCGCCUCGACGCCCUCCACGCGCAGUGGCUCGCGUCGCCGCAGGCCCGCGAGACGGGCGCCCUCAUCGCCGACCUCUCCGCGGCCGCGCACCCGCUCGACCUGUCCGAGAUGCGCAAGCCGUCGCCCCUGCGCCUCACCCUCACCCUCCUGCACCGCUCGCUGGUCAAGUCCUACCGCGACGUCGUGGCCUACGGCAUCCGCAUCGCCAUGUACACGGGGCUCGCCGUCAUGAUGGGCACCGUGUGGGUGCGCCUCUCGCCCAACCAGGAGUCCAUCCAGCCCUUCAUCAACGCCCUCUUCUUCGGGUCGGCCUUCAUGUCCUUCAUGGCCGUCGCCUACGUGCCCGCCUUCCUCGAGGACCGCCUCCAGUACGUCAAGGACCUGCGCAACGGGCUCUACGGCGCCGGCGAGUUCGUCGUCGCCAACUUCCUCAUCGGCGUCCCCUACCUCUUCUUCAUCUCCGUCCUCUUCUCCGCCGUCUCGUACUGGCUGUCUAACUUCCAGCCCACGGCCAAGGCCUUCUUCACCUGGAUCAUGUGGCUCUUCCUCGACCUGCUGGCCGCCGAGUCGCUCGUCGUCUUCAUGUCCUCCCUCGUGCCCAGCUUCGUCAUCUCCCUCGCCCUCGUGGCCUUUGCAAACGGCCUCUGGAUGUCCGUCGGCGGCUUCAUGGUCCCGCCCACCAUUCUAAACGCCUUUUACAAGUACGUCUUCCACUACUGGGACUACCAAAAGUACGUCUUUGAGGGCAUGAUGGUCAAUGAGUUUGCCGAGCGCACGUACGCCUGCGGGCACGGCUGCCGGUGCAUGUACCAGUUGCCCUUGGCCGAUCGCUGCGAGAUUGCCGGCCAGGCCGUCUUGGACCAGUACGGCUACUCGACCGGCAACAUGGGCCGGAAUGUCGGCAUCAUGAUUUCCAUUAUUGCCGGGUAUAGGAUUGCUUCGUGGAUUGUUUUAAAGCUGCGCAAGUAG